AUGACAAGCUCGAGUACGGUCACGGAGCAGGAGAUGCGGAACCCUUCCAACCACCCCUUCAGCCAUAGCAAGUUUUUCACCUUCGAUGAGGAUGUUCGGAUUUAUCGUAUGCUGCGAGGGGGGGCCACAGUCCGGCAGGUCGCCCGUACGCUAGGGAAGCCCGCCACCUUCAUUGAGCGUCGUCUGAACAACGCACAGUUUAAGCUUCGGAUUCAGUGGGUCCUCCGGCGUGCGAAACGGGAAGAGAAUUCGGAGAAGAAGCAUAGCAAAGAUUAUCGCGCGAGGCCGGGGCCGACGGGUUCCGCACCAGUUGUCGAAAACUUCCACGAACGACUCCUAAGGCGCUCCCCCUACGACAAAACCUCUCAUGAUUUCUCCGCUGCUGUCGAGGAUUCACCACGGAGAAGACAAGAAUGGGAAGAAACCCCUCCUUCUUGGCGGAAGCCUCGCUAUUUCGAGCAGCUAUCCAUGGCGGAAAAGUUUGAUCAGGUCACACGUUCUCCCAACGAUAAUAGUUCCACAGAUCCUUAUUCGCCUUCUAUUCCUUCGCGUCCAGUAGCAUCGAAGGUUGGGCAAUCGUAUGCAAAUUAUAGCCGACUUAAUACAGCCAUGCAAAGAAGGUAA